AUGGAUGAGCUCCGGGAUGGCUUGGCCCUGCCUGGCUGCGGCACCAGGAAGGCGCUGAGCUCAAACCAGGGAGCCGCGCCGCGCCGAGCCGGCGGCCCUAGACUCGGCCUUUUCCGGGCUCUCGCUCGCUGGGCCGGAGGCGGGAUUCAGCUUGUAAAAAUGGGACGUCGUUCAUCAGAUACUGAAGAAGAAAAUAGAAACAAAAGAAAAAAGAAACACCGUAGACGUUCAUCUUCAAGUAGUUCUUCAGACAGUAGAACAUACAGCCGUAAGAAAUCAGGAAGGAAGUCAAGGUCAAGAUCACGGUCUCGAGAGCUCCAGUCCCGUUCACAUUCUUAUGAAAAAAGACGCAGACAUCGAUCUAGCAGUAGCUCUUCAUAUGGAUCCAAAAGAAAACGCAGUCGUAGUCGAUCGAGGGGCCGAGGAAAAUCCUAUAGGUCUCAGAGAUCAAGAUCAAAGAGUAGAACAAGAAGGUCACGAUCAAGACCACAUCAACGUUCCUAUAGUCGAAGCAGUGAAAGAUCCAGUCACAGAAGAACUCAUAGCAGAUCUCGUGAAAGAGAACGACGUAAAGGCAGAGAUAAAGAAAAAAUAAAAGAGAAGGAGAGGAGCAGAGGGAAAGAGAAGGAGUUGUAUACCACCAAGCAUGGGGACUCUGGAAACAUCAAAGCUGGAUUAGAACAUCUGUCUCUUGCUGAACAGGCCAAAGCUAGAUUGCAGUUGGUUCUUGAAGCAGCUGCGAAAGCAGAUGAAGCAUUGAAGGCUAAAGAAAGAAGUGAAGAAGAAGCAAAAAAGAUAAAGGAAGAAGACCAAGCCACCCUGGUAGAACAAGUGAAACGAGUAAAAGAAAUUGAAGCUAUUGAAAGUGACUCUUUUGUUCCACAGACAUUCAGAUCAAGUAAAGAAGUCAAAAAGUCAACAGAACCUGGUGAACUAAAAUGUGAACCUGCAACUGUAGGAGUGGGAACUGUCGAUCUGUCUAAUACUGAAAAAGAAAUAGCACCUGGCAACAUUCCUACUGCCAUAAAGUACCAAGAUGAUAACUCUUUAGCGCAUCCAAAUCUAUUCAUUGAGAAGGCAGAAGCAGAGGAAAAGUGGUUCCAGAGAUUGGUUGCUCUUCGGCAAGAAAGGCUGAUGGGCAGUCCUGUGGCUUGAGUGAAUUACAGUGAACAUCAUACAGAAUUUCUUCAUGAAUACUAAGAAAAUUCUCCUGUAAAAUUGUUUGACUGUUAACAUCUCUUAAAAAGUAAAUGUGAGUUGUAAGGAG